AUGGACCCAUCCUCACCUUCUUCUCAUCCACCUGGUCUGUCGGGGGCGUCUGUGACCUCAGAGACGUCCAGCGCCCAGCCGCCGCCCGCGAAGCGGGCCAAGCGACGCCAAGUAUCACGGGCCUGCGACUGGUGCCGCCAGCACCGCAUCAAGUGCGACACCAGUGUGCCGUGUGCCAAUUGCAAGACCCGCGGCGGCCACUGCAGCAGCGAAGACGUUCUCAAUGCCACGUCGCUGCCGGAAGCGCACCGCGAGAUCGACCGUCUUCGGCGGCACGUUGCUCAGCUGGAGCAAGAGCUGAACGCAGCAAGGCUGGCCAGUCGCCAUGCAGCUCCCUACACGGGCGCCAGCGCCGGAUCCGUAUCGGAGGUGUCACCCUACUCCGACGGUCCGGAUUCGACUGCGGCAACGCCGACCGGGACGGCCACCACCCAUAUAACGGUACCGCCCUCGACCAUGCCCUUCCCAUCUGACGCACUACUGCCACCGUCCGCUACACCACGGGACAUCGCAAGCCGGGUGGCCACGGACACGGGCAUUGCACACGCCUUUUGGGGUGGCGUGCAUGUCGGCACCGCCCGGUCACCCAACAAGACGUGGUACGGGCCGUCAUCGCUGUUUUAUUUCAUCAGUCGAACAGCCGCAUAUCUGGACGACUCGUUCCAGUUUCAUCAUCCGGACGGGGGCGACAACAGCAGUGGCCACGCAAACCAAAAAAGCAAUAAGGCGAGCAUCGACAACUUGCUGGACGUGAACCCGGCGGGAAUGCUGGUGGACGGCCCAGCACCGUCGUCUUCAUCGACGUCAACAUCCAGAACCAGACCAACAGAUGCCCAAAAGCAGGCACAAGCCCACGUGCACGACAGUACAUCACGGCCGCAUGCGAGCAUACAAGAUCCCCUGGCGGGCGCUCGCUUUCUCACGCUCACCCAGGAGGAGUACUUCCUCGACCUCUACUGGCACUCCUACCAUGCAGCACUGUUCCCCGUCCUCGACGAAGCCGGCUUCCGCCAGCACUAUCGGUCGCUGUGGGCCACGUCCGGCCAGGACCGUGCCCCGUCUGCCCUGGUCGACAUCGUCCUGGCCCUCUGCCUCCAGAUCGGCGUGUCCACCAUGGCCCCUGGCAUGCGCCAAAAGCUCAUCGUCGACAACGACGACACCUCUGUGGCCGGCCGCUGGUACUACCGCCGCUGCCAGGCGCUGCUCGAGUACGAGCUCGAGAGCCCGUCGCUGUCGACGCUGCAGUGCCACAUCUUGUGCGGUGUCUACCUGUGCAACGGCACCUUCCAGAACAUGAGCGACAGCUCCUGUGCGCUGGCCGUGCGCGAGGCCUACAUGCUGGGACUCCACCUGGCGCCGCCGGCCGACAUGACCGUGCGCCAGCGCGAGCUGCGCAUACGCAUCUGGUGGGCGCUCUACGUGCUGGACAGCAAGAUUGGCAUGAAGCUGGGCCGCCCGUUCCUGUUGCCCCUGGCCGGUGCCACCACGCCGCCACAGCCCGACGACAGCGUCGCCGUCGCCGCCCUGUCGGGCUCGUCCUUUGCACCGCUCGGCGACAACCGCAGCUGGCUCAGCUUUCACUUGUACCACAGCGCGCUCUUUCAGGUGGCACGGGCAGCGCAUGUCGCCUUUUACAGCGGCCACCAGACACCCCUACCCGUGCGUCCUGGCCAAACCUUGUGGGACCACCCAGAGGCACUCGAGAUGCACGCGCGAAUCGCCUUGGCGCACGGUGACGCCUUUGCACAGUGGGUCAGGAGCGUGCCCCCCGCCUUGACCACCGCGCGCGUGGGCGGCGGCGCCCGUGCCGGCGGCGACGGCCGGCCGUUCUCCACGGACGGCUCGCCGCUCGACAUCGAGCCCUUUGCGCCGCUCUGGGUGCAGCGCCAGCGUCUCUUGCUGGAGCUCAUGUACCACAAUCUCUGCGUCAACCUGUACCGUCCCCUCAUCAGCUUCGAGGCCCCUGCCUUUUCGGCGGCCCCCGUCCGCCAGUGCGCCGACGCCUGCGCCCACCACGCCAUCACCCUCACCCAGAUCGUCCACCAGGUGCUGUCCACGACCAGCAUCCUGGCCGGCUGGAGCGAGGUCUUCCAGUGGCAGUGGAACGCCGCCAUGACGCUGGUCGGCUUCUUGCUGGCUAUGCACGAGCAGACACGCGGCAUCCACCGCUCCGACGACAUCUGCGAGGUGCCCAUUGUCUGCAAAGCACAUGCCGCCGUCGAGCUGGCCAUUGCCGUGUUUGACAUGUUUGGCCGCAACUUUGCCGUUGCCACCAGCGCGGCCGCUGUCAUCCGCACGCUGCGUGACAAGGUCAACUACCUGGCGCAGCAGAACGCACGCGCACAGAGACAGCAGAUCCCGGCGCCUGCACAAGGGCACGCAGGCCAUGUCGUGCAGGUGCAAGCGUCUCCCGUUUGUGUGCAAAGCCGGCCCGUUGCCAUGAACGGUGCCGCUCGGCCGCCGGCCAAUGGCAUCCCAGACCUACUAAACACGGACCCCGACAAGCAGCCCGAGGUGACGUUCUCGGGCCUGGAUGCGUCUGUCCUCCAAGACACGAUGCUCAUGGCGUUUGAUGUGGAUCAGUGGCUGGACCUAAAUGCGCUCUGGCCCGAUUCCGAAGGAGUCUUAUUCUCCAUGUGA